AUGUCUUCAGAAAAGUCUUUUUGGGAUUUCUGUAGGGAUUCUAAAGGCUAUUUUACUGUAGAGAGUGGACAGGGAAAUCAAUUAUCAGCAGUUGCUACUGUACAUGAUAAAUAUAAUGCGAAUACUGUUAUAAUAUGUCAUGGACUAUUUUCAUCUAAAGAUAACCGACUUUGUCAGACAAUUGCAAAACAUUGCAAAGUAAAUGCAGUACGCUUUGAUUUCCAUGGAAAUGGAGAAUCCCAAGGUAUUAAAGAUUGGAGUUUCGGAGACUACAAAGCAGAAGUUAUACAUGACUUGAGGAAGAUUAUUGAGUUUCUUAGGUCCCAGGGGUUAAUUACUAUUGGAAUUAUUGGUCAUUCAAGGGGUGCAGUUGAAGCCAUUAUGUACUCUUGGCUAUAUGAUGAUAUCGACUUAAUUGUCAGCAUAGCAGCUAGAUACAACCUAACAAGUUCAAUUAUUUCCAAAUAUCUCACCCCCGAACAACUUAAGGAUCUUAAUUCUGGUGAAAUUGAAUUUGCAGAAAUCUUGCCAAGAGAUAAUAUUCCGAGAAAAAUAUCACUGAAAUGUAUUGAGAAAAGAAGCGAAGUUGAUUACAAAUUACUUCAGAAUGUACAUAAUACUAAGUAUUUCCUACUAAUUCAUGGAACAAAAGAUGAAGUCGUUGAUCCUCAAGACGUAAAUGAGAUUGCAAAAUUUAUUCCUACUCAUAUCCCACAUGAAAUUGUGAUGAUUGAAGAUGGAACACAUGCCUUGUCAGAAACUCCGGAAGUGCGCUCAAUAGUUAAUCUACAUAUUAAUCGUGUAAUAUCAUCAUUCUUAGAAAAAUCUAGAUUUAAUUAG